AUGUGGAGGGGACGUGCUCAGAUCCUGGGCUUUGUGCUCUGCACUCUGGGCUGGGGCUUUGUGGGCUGUUCGCUUGCUAUGGAUCACUGGAGGUAAGAAAGGAAGAGUAGGAGUCGUUAUAGAAAAGUGGCUCAGUUAGAGGAUGGUAACUGAAAUAACCAUCAUUGAGAAAAGUGCAGCGAAUUUGGCUCUUUUGUCAACCUGAUCAUAGCCUUGAGCCAAUGAAUGAUGUAAAUCAAAACCUAUUAAAGCUCCUGUGAGAAGUUUUUGAUAGAUUUCAAAACAGACGAAAAUUAACAUGAUGUUCAAAAGCAAACGAAACCACUCAUGACAGUAUUCACAGUUUCUAUAAUUAAAUAUUUAAUUUUUGUAACUGCUGUGAAGGGGUACUUUUGAGGGAAAAACACAAAACAAUAGGGCUGGAGACGAUUAAAGCGGACAUCUAUCAAAUUAAAGAAAACAGACUAGAAGCUUUGGCAGUGUUACAGGAACCAUUGUGUGACAAUCAUCUAUAUAUGUAAAUUUUGUAAAGGAGCUCUAUUUGGUAAUCUUCUAUUUGGUAAUCUUCUAUAUUCUGUCUCUGGAGGGUGGCCCAGCUUGGAGGUCAAGGCGGCUCCUCUGUUGUGGUGAUAACUUUGUUCUGGUCUGACCUGUGGAGGGACUGCUAUAUGGACUCGACGGCUGUGAUGAACUGUGUGGACUUUGGGGUUCUGUGGGCGGUCAAACGUGAGCACAAACUCAACUAACCUGCGACUGUGUCACACGGUGUUGAUGAAAUCACUGUGUGUUUUUUUGUUUUUAGCGUACAUCCAAGCAGUCAGGGGGCUGCUCCUGAUUGGCUUGUGCCUCGGCCUGAUCGCCACAGUGCUCACGUUUUUUGGUAUGGAGUGCACACGCCUCGAGAGCAACCAGAGAAGUAAGGACCGGAUCUUAAUAACGGCGUCUGUUUUCCAUCUGAUCGGCUGUGAGUAUACUUGUUUACAUGAACAGGACCUUAGCUGUGGUGGGAGCAGCUCCUUCUAACUGGUUCUCCUUGUUUUAUUUCCCAUGCGUCAUGGGCUUCUCCCACAUGCAGGUGUAUCAGACAUGGCUGGUUACUGUUUAUAUACAAACAGAGUGGUUGCAGCUUUUUUACAUGCCAAAGCAGAUCCAACAAAACUGAGGUAAUGUGUGGUCUUUUAGUUACCCGCAUUAGUUCUUUGUGCGACCUAAACCAUUCUAACUAAGAUGUGUUUUAACGAUUAACUCUGCAGCUAUGAAAUUGGACCGCCCCUUUAUCUCGGCAUGGUUGCAAGUUUCCUGAUUUUCCUUGGCUGUAUCGUUCACUGCACAACUACAUGCAGAGCCACCGACCCAGAAAGGUUCGUUUGUACAUUUUUUUCUGACUAAUACACAAUUCUGUAAAAACUAUUGAUUCAAAGUCAAAGAAGUCACAUUGUGGACUCCUAAAUACUCACAAAUACCCACAAAUGUUCAUCACGACAACGUUUUUCCUCAGCAAACAUCCUGUGGUUCCCUUCCUCUCUGGAAAAGGAGAAGAAAAGGACAUUUUUAGAGGGUAUAAACACAUCUCUCUACCUUCAAAAAUGUCACAUGGCUUCAGACACAUCCCUUCCUACAAGAUGGCCUCUGUCAUAACAGUGUGACACUGAAAACUCACGUGGAUUGGGCACUUUAGGGUUCUGUACAAGAUCCGAGAGAC